AUGUCCUCUUAUGGUUUCACAGUGGACUGCAGAAAGAUUGCCAAGAAACACGCAGAAGACCUGGGCAGGAAAUGCCUAAAUGAUGUUGUGAUGGCGAGUCCAUCCCCCACCUCCUUAGACAUGGAGUGGGUAACGCACUACAACCUGAGCGCCCACGUUCGAGAAAUGGCCACAACAAUAGACUUGCUCAAGGACAGUCACAUCUUCCGGACCUUCUGGGCAGAGGCCGCCCGGGCGCUCCUUCCGCCAGAGGAGGAGAAGGUACGGGGAGGGCCGCUUGUGGACAUUGAAGAUGUGUAUGAUGACCUGUACCUUCCUUGCUUCAACAAGUUCAGGAAACUGUAUGAGGACCUGAAGUCGGGCGAGCUCACCUUAGGGGAAGUGCACACCAUCUUCGGCGUCUUUGUGAAUAAAUAUGACGACCUCACCUUUGACCUCAGAGUCAUGUGUGCCCUGGACCCCAGGGACCCAAGGGAUUGGAUCCAGGAGCGAAUGGGGCAGGUCAGGGAAUACCACCACCUGCAUCUGUCUGCCAAGGCAGCCAAGGUCAUCUUGGAGGUCAAAGAGACCUUGGGCCUGACUGGGGACUUCAGUCUUCUCCACUUUGUACUAAGAAUCCGAGACUCUGCCAGGGACUUGGGGUGGCUGAAGAAGGUGAAGGAGAGCCACGGCUCAGUAGAGCACUCGUCGCUAUCACUGGCCAGAGCCAUCAACAGCAGGGGCAUCUAUGUGAUCCAGGUGCCCACUGAGCUCCAGCAGAUCUCCCCAGACACUGCUCUUUAUUUGCUCCUCCCUGAGAGCAGUGCGGAUAGCCAGGAGCAGCGCAGAUGCUCCCUGGAGGAGCUGAAGGAGCUUCUGAACAAGUUGAUGCUCAUGUCUGGCAAGAAAGACCACCACAGUGCCGAGGCGCAGGUGUUCUCCGAGGUGUUCUGCAACGUGCAGAGGCUCCUGCAGGCCUUCCUGAACCUGUAUUCUGCUGGAAGCUUCCUGUUCCGGGCCUGGAAGGUUGAGGUGCACUGCUGCCCAGGGCUGGCCAAGCCCGUGCAGAUGAACUUUGGGCUGCCACUGCUGGAGCCGCUGCAGGGGCACGCGCCCCUGGUCCCUCUGCUGGAGGCGCUGUGCCGGCAGAUGGAGCACUUCUUGGGCCAGUGGGAGGGGUUUUUGGCGCGGAAGCGAGCAGAGCACUUUCACCUCAACUACUACACAGCGGAGCAGCUGCGGGAGCACUGCUACCUGCCCUCGGCCUUCAGCCAGCACAGGGUUCCCGCCAUCCCCCGGGCACGCCUCGAGGCCGCCCGGGCCUACCUGGCACACCACUACCAGGUCCCAGAGGGGACCCAGUCGGCCGCCGCCGCCUUCAGGGACCGGAUGUGUGUGGGGAUCGUGGCCUCGGCGAGAGCGGGUGUCGACUCUGAGAACAACCCAAAGGUGAUGUCCAUCCCUGAGGGGAAGAUGGAGAGGAGCCAAGAGCUGAAGAAGGGCGAUGGUGCUCCCAGCCAGCCCAGCCAGCCGCUGGGCGUGGGUAAGAGGCCUGGUGGCCGCAGAGGAUCUCUACAGGGCCAGGCUGCAGAGGGAGCAGAGGCCUCAGGAAACAAGUCUUCAGGCAGCUCAGCACCCCAGGAUCAGACCAGAGGAGGUGCCCCCCCAGGAGGGAAGGACCAGGAGGGGGCCAGCCCCACUGCCUCUGCCAGAUGGAAGGAAGGUGCUGCCCAGAAGUUCCUGCUGCCCAUGCCGCAGGGGGGCCCCUCAGAGCCCAGGAAAGACCCGCCAGCCAUCAGGCAGCAGACGGGGCCCCCAGCCUCCAGGGAAGCCAAAACCAAAGGCAAGACUGCCAUUUCUGGGGGAAAAGCCAAGCCAGGAAACCCAAAGGAGCCUGAAAGGGGCCAUUGGAGCAACACGGCUGCCCUGAAGGACAAGGACCAGAAGGAGCGGAAAGCUGAUGCUUGGGAAGUUCCAGGGAGCCCCUUAGGCCCCGGGGAGGGGGUCAGAGUGUUCUUCCACGCCAUCCUUUCCAAGGACUUCGGCUUCGACCCUGACCAGCACCAGAUAGUUGUCCGGGGUGGAGAAGAGCUGGGGAAGCCAGAAUGGAACGUCAACGUGUGUGAGCUGCACAUCACCAAACCCUUAGAACAGGUCGGGGCCCUCAUUGAAGGCUGCGCCGUCCUUUCCAAGCGGCUCCUGGACAGACCCGUUCCAUACAAGUAUGUGGUCAUAGGUAACAAAGGCUCUGUUCAGGACAAGGAGAGUGAGGAUGUCAACCGCUGCCUGCACCUGAAGUCGUCGCUGCUGGGCUCAGGAGACUGGCAUCAGUAUGAUGACAUUAUAUGCAUGAAGUCCACUGGAAUCAAGAAGCAAGUCCUGAAUUAUGUCAAGGAAUGGGUGGGGAAUGAGGUGGUAAAAAAGAAGAAGCUGGCGGCCUCCAUCAUGCUGGACCGUGUCCUCAGCAUCCUGCAGACGUGGAGCACCAUCAACUUGAACAGCUUCUUCAUGCAGUUCCGCCAGUUCUAUUCUGUCGUCAGUGAGCCCAUGGUCUACAAGGAGCAGGCGCAGACCUGGACCUUCCCGCAUUACACAAAGAAUCAGGUGAGGGAAUACCUGUGGAAGUGUUUGCAAAAGCACAUGGCACUGUUUCUGGAGAAGAGCGAAGACCCUCUGCCCACGGACUUUCCCGUGAGGAGUAAACUGAGAAUGGGCCUGAUCGCCCUGCACGUGGCCAUGGAGCUGAAGCUUUCCCUCUCCAAGCAUGACCUGGACACCCUGUGUGGCCUCCUGUGCACCAACGCCCGUUCCCCCGGUGACCUCUUCGACGACCUCAGCCUCAUCUUUAGCACAUCUCAGAGUAAACUGAGAAUGGGCCUGAUCGCCCUGCACGUGGCCAUGGAGCUGAAGCUUUCCCUCUCCAAGCAUGACCUGGACACCCUGUGUGGCCUCCUGUGCACCAACCCCAGUUCCCCCGGUGUCCUCUUCGACGACCUCAGCCUCAUCUUCAGAACAUCUCAGAGGGAGAGACAAACUUUGAAGCGAUUACUCCAGCUCAUGGUAGAGAAGAAAUACCUGCUGAGUGUGGAUGAAGACCUGUUCCGGUCCUGGUUCAGUCUGCUGCCUCUGAGCAGCCUGGCUGCCUACCUGCAGGAAUUCUCUGACUACCUGACUCGCUUUCCAGCGCGUGUCCUGGACUGUCUGCUGGGGACCCGGUACCGGCUUCAAGGACAUAAGGAUGUCAACAAAAACCUGGAGGAUAUUGACAAAACUUUAAAAAUGCUGCUGCACCUGCUGGGUACCUUUCAGGACAAGGUUCUCCAGGAGCCCUUGGUGCCGUCCUACCUGACCGUGUGCCUGAAGCUGCACGAGGCCAUCUGCGAACUCACAAAAGGCCUGAUGACUCACGAGCUGCUCGCCUCAUCUGCCGAGAUCGUCUGCAUCGUCAUCAGGCUGAAACCUAUAGUGGACUCUGAGGAAGGGCCGGAAAGUGACACUGGGAUGAGGACCUCAGUGAGGAGAGUGGCCCAGGGAGCCCUCGCUGCCACGAGAGCGUGGUUUCGGGGAACCUUCAAGCAGUGCAUCUUCUGCAAUUCAAAUGACUCUUCUGUCAGCUUCACCUACAGUGAGGAGAUCCAGGUGUGGCGGCGGCUGGUGGAGAUUCGCUUCCCAGAUGAACACGGCUGGAAGGAGUCCUUGCUGGGGGACCUGGAAGGAAGGCUCAAGCAGGAGAGGCCGCUCUCCCAGAUCUCCGCCUACUGCAGCACUGGCUGGGCAACUGCGGGCGCUGACGACAGCGUGUCCAAGUGCUUCGAGAAAUGUGCCAUUGAAGCUGUAGGCUUGGCCUGCCAGUCGCAGACCAGCAUUCUGGAGGGACUCUCUCAGAGCAACCUGCAGAGAUUCGGGAUCCUUGCGUCCGCCGUGGUCACCAAGUCCUGGCCCAGGUGCAACGGGGAGGCCGUGGAUGACUUGGCUGAGGUUCUGAAAUACCUACUCACGUGGCCAGACGUCAAGCAUCUCUUCAAACUGUACAGAACCGACAAGAAAAUACUAGCGCACAUCACGGAGGAUGGCAAGAAGCUGAUGGCCAUGGCAGACUCGGUCUUCACCAAGGUGGCCGAGGCCCUCCUCAGCCGCACGGUGUUGGUGGAACAGCUGCAGCUGAUCAGGAAUCACAUGACUCAGUUUCUUCACAUCUGGGAGCUGAAGAGAAAAAGUCUUUCACCCCAGGAGGAAAAAUACGAUAUGAAGAAAGUGCUGGACUCCAGGUGGAAAGAACUACAAUUUCUACAGAAAGAGCAGAGCCGGGUGGACAGUCUUCUGAAGCUGUGCGAGGGGGUGAAACACUGGGUGAAAGUGGACUGCAGAAAGAUUGCCAAGAAACACGCAGAAGACCUGGGCAGGAAAUGCCUAAAUGAUGUUGUGAUGGCGAGUCCAUCCCCCACCUCCUUAGACAUGGAGUGGGUAACGCACUACAACCUGAGCGCCCACGUUCGAGAAAUGGCCACAACAAUAGACUUGCUCAAGGACAGUCACAUCUUCCGGACCUUCUGGGCAGAGGCCGCCCGGGCGCUCCUUCCGCCAGAGGAGGAGGAGGUACAGGGAGGGCCGCUUGUGGACAUUGAAGAUGUGUAUGAUGACCUGUACCUUCCUUGCUUCAACAAGUUCAGGAAACUGUAUGAGGACCUGAAGUCGGGCGAGCUCACCUUAGGGGAAGUGCACACCAUCUUCGGCGUCUUUGUGAAUAAAUAUGACGACCUCACCUUUGACCUCAGAGUCAUGUGUGCCCUGGACCCCAGGGACCCAAGGGAUUGGAUCCAGGAGCGAAUGGGGCAGGUCAGGGAAUACCACCACCUGCAUCUGUCUGCCAAGGCAGCCAAGGUCAUCUUGGAGGUCAAAGAGACCUUGGGCCUGACUGGGGACUUCAGUCUUCUCCACUUUGUACUAAGAAUCACCGAAGCCUCUGAGAACUCUCGUCAUAAAAAACUGGGCCAGAUCGACAGGCAGGUCAUCAGUGCCAACGAGCAGCUGCGGGACAUGAACGAGGCCCGGUGCCAGUGUCUGCUGGAGCUGGCCCUGGCCAGGGAGUUCGUCCACUGGGUCCGGGAGGCUGUCAAAGGCAUCAACGAGCUGAAGGUGUUUGUGGACCUGGCGUUCAUCUUCGCGGGGGAGAAUGACAUGGACAUGGACCGUGUAGCCUGCUUCCACGAUGCCGUCCAGGGCUACAGCUCUCUGCUCUACAAGCUGGACACGAGCGCACAUUUCCAUGUAUUCAUGGGACAACUGAAGGAGCUGUGGAAGGCUCUGGAAAACGACCAGCACCUGCCCAGUAAACUG